AGAAACAGGUAGAACCUGAUAUGUAAACAAAAGUAAAAUUCUACGACCCAAUGAUCAUUCCAGACUUCCAGUUUCUGUUGAGAGGUAACAGUCUCCACUGACCUACAAUGACCCCAUCUGCUGUUUAACAGUCUCCACUGACCUACAAUGGCUCCAUCUGCUGUUUAACAGUCUCCACUGACCUAUAAAGGCCCCAUCUGCUGUUUAACAGUCUCCACUGACCUAUAGUGGCCCCAUCUGCUGUUUAACAGUCUCUAUAAUGGCCCCAUCUGCUGUUUAACAGUCUCCACUGACCUACAAUGGCCAUAUCUGUGAAAGAGCGUCUCCUGGCCGUUCUGGAUGAUCUCGGCUCUGACGAGCUGAAGAGAUUUAAGUGGCAUCUAACUACAGAAAACCAGCUGGAUGGCUUCCUUCCCAUUCCAAAGGGCCAGCUGGAGACAUCUAACAGACUGGACAUAGUGGAUCAGAUGGUGCAGAAAUACAGGGAGAAUGUGGCUGUGAAGAUCACACUGGACAUCCUGAAGAAGAUUAGCCGCAACGAUCUCGCUGAGAAGCUAAACAGAGACUGUCCAAUAGGUCCUUCAGAGGAAGAUGGUGAGAAGUUCCAACAUGAAUAUAAACUGGAAGUAAAAAAGAAGUUUCAGCAUGUUUUCAACGGGGUACCAAAGCAGGGCCAUAAACAACUUCUCAAUGAGAUCUACACAGAGCUCUACAUCACAGAGGGUGGAAGUGGAGAGGUCAAUCAGGAACAUGAGGUGAGACAGAUCGAGAUCACGUCCAAGAAUCCAGCAAGACCAGAGGCUAAAAUCCUCUGCAAUGACAUCUUCAAACCCUUAACUGGACAAGACAAACCUAUCAGAACUGUGUUGACAAAGGGAGUCGCUGGCAUUGGAAAAACAGUCUCUGUGCAGAAGUUCAUUCUCGACUGGGCUGAAGGGAAAGCCAAUCAGGAUGUCCAAUUCAUAAUUUCACUCCCUUUUCGGGAGCUGAAUUUGGUGAGGGGGGAAAAGUACAGUUUUGUAGAACUUCUACAUACAUGUGUCUUAGAGACUGGAGUGAUUGAGAGGGACUUUUUGAAUCACAUUUUAACAAAAUUGCAAAAACCAGGAAACCACAAUGAGAGCAAGUACAAAGUUGUAUUUGUCCUUGAUGGUCUGGAUGAGUGCCGACUGACCCUCGACUACGAGACCGGUAAGAGCUGGUGUGAUGUCACGGAGCCAACCUCAGUGGACGUGCUGCUGACAAACCUCAUCAAGGGAAAUCUGCUUCCCUCUGCUCUUCUCUGGAUAACCUCCAGACCUGCAGCAACCAAUCACAUCCCUCCUGAGUGUGUUGACCAGGUGACAGAGGUACGAGGGUUCGAUGACCCACAGAAGGAGGAGUACUUCAGGAAGACAUUCAGUGAUGAGGACCUGGCCAACAGAAUCAUCUCACACGUAAAGACAUCAAGGAGCCUCCACAUCAUGUGCCACAUUCCAGUCUUCUGUUGGAUCUUAGCUUCAGUUCUGGAGCAUGUGUUGAGUUCAGAUAAGAAUGAAGAGAUGCCCAAGACUCUGACUCAAUUAUUUAUUGGGUUACUGAUAUUUCAGACCAAACAGAUGAAUGAUAAAUAUCACAAGAAAGGUGAGCGAGAUCCACGCAGGGAUAAAGAGAGCUUCCUGGCACUGGGGAAACUUGCUUUUAACCAGCUGGAAAAUGGCAACCUGAUUUUCUAUGAGGCAGACCUGAAAAAGUAUGGCAUUGAUGUCACCGAAGCCUCAGUGAACUCAGGAGUGUGUACACAGCUCUUUAGACAGGACUAUGGGCCGUUCCAGGACAAGGUGUACUGCUUUGUGCAUCUGAGCGUUCAGGAGUUUCUUGCUGCGUUAUACGUUUUCCUCUCCUUCAACAACAGCCAUGUCAACCCGAUGACCGAAGACCGAUCCUUCAUCAGAAAAUGUCUAGUGAAGUUGAAUCCUGCCAUCAACUUCCACACGAUUGCAGUGGAUAAAGCCUUACAGAGUGAGAAUGGACACCUGGACCUGUUCCUCCGCUUCCUUCUGGGCCUCUCACUGGAGUCCAAUCAGAAGCACUUACACGGCCUACUGACACAGACCAGAAGCAGCUCACGGGGCCGUGAGGAAACAGUCAAGUACAUCAAGAAGAAGAUCAGGAACACUCCAUCUUCAGAGAGGUGCAUCAAUCUGUUCCACUGUCUGAAUGAACUGAAUGACCAUUCUCUAGUGGAGGAGAUCCAAAAAUACCUGCAUUCAGGAAAUCUGUCCAAAACCAAACUAUCACCUGCACAGUGGUCAGCUCUGGUCUUUGUGUUGCUGACUUCAGAAGAGGAGCUGGAUGUGUUUGACCUGAAGAAAUACUCCAGAUCAGAGGAAGGUCUUCUGAGGCUGCUGCCAGUGGUCAAAGCCUCCAGAACUGUUCUGCUUAAUGGGUGUAACCUCACUGAGAAAUGCUGUGAAGCCUUGGCCUCAGCUUUCAGCUCAACCUCCUCAAACCUGAGAGACCUGGACCUGAGUGACAACAACCUGCAGGAUUCAGGAGUGAAGCUGCUCUCUGCUGGACUGGAGAAUCCCCACUGUAAACUGGAGACACUGAGGUUGUCACGCUGUCUGAUCACAAAGAAAGGCUGUGCUUCUCUGGCCUCAGCUCUGAGGUCCAACCCCUCCUACCUGAGAGAGCUGGACCUGAGCUACAAUAUCCUAGGAGACUCAGGAGUGAAGCAGCUAUCUGCUGGACUAGAGGAUCCACACUGUAGACUGGAGAAACUCAAUGUUGACCACCGUGGAGAGUACUGGCUGCUGAAAAAAUAUGCCUGUGAUGUCACACUGGACCCGAACACAGCAUGCAGACACCUCUCUCUGUCAGAGGGGAACAGGAAGGUGACACGGGGGAAAGAGGACCAGCCGUAUCCUGAUCACCCAGGGAGAUUUGAGUUCUGGCCACAGGUGCUGUGUAGAGAGGGUCUGACUGGGCGCUCUUACUGGGAGGCAGAGAUGAGUGGGGGAGGGGAUGACAUAGGAAUGACGUACAGAGGAAUCGGCAGGACAGGAAACGCUGAUGACAGUAAGCUUGGAUGCAAUGACAAGUCCUGGAGUCUGAGCUGCUCUGAUUACGGUUACACUGCCAGGCACAAUAAGGAGAGAACUGACUUACCUGCCUCCUCCUCGUCCAACAGAGUAGGAGUGUAUCUGGACUGGCCGGGCGGCACUCUGUCCUUCUACACUCUGUCCUCCUCUGACACACUCACUCACCUACACACAUUCACCUCCACAUUCACUGAGCCUCUCUAUCCAGGGUUUUGGGUUGAAAUAAACUCCUCGUUGUCCCUAUGUGAGAUCAAAAACCUUUAGGUAGUAAAGGAUGGUUCUUGUUGUUAUUGAUUGGUGUUUGUAAAUAAUGUUUAUUUAGUCAAAUGGUUGACAUUACAAUCCUGAUUCUGUUUGAAGUCAAUAACACUGAAUGGACCUUUCCUGGUACACAUUCGGCCAGAUGAAGACAAAUAAAACUGGUUGUUUUCAAAAACUGU